AUGGCAGCGACACCAUCCCCCCCUCUCUCUCUCUCUCUUUUUCCAUAUUUUCUACCUUUCUUUGUUCACGGGCGGCAGAUUCUCCUGGCAGUGGCCAACUCCUCCUUUUAUAAACACAGAAAACCACGGUUCCCUUCGGCUUGCUUGGCUGUGUUCUCCGGAGAUGUUUGUUUCUUGUGCUGUUGUUCUUCACCGGGAGGCCAUGUAUCCGCUCGCUUCCAUGUUCCUCAACUGUUUCUCUUCUUCUUCUUCUUCUUCUUCUUUCUCGUCUCUUUCUUUGGAGUUGCUCACUCUUCUAACGCCGCAAGAAGAGCCCCGGUCCAACACCAGCUCUCUCUCGACUUCUACUCGAAGACCUGCCCUCAGCUCGACCAGCUCGUCUCCUCCGUCACUUCCCGACGCUUCAAAGAGACCCCCGUCUCUGCACCCGCCACCAUUCGGCUCCUCUUCCAUGACUGUUUUGUCGAAGGCUGUGAUGCGUCGAUAUUGAGCACCGAGCUCGGGCGCAAGGUGGUGGCGGAGAGGGACGUGGUGGAUAACAAGAAUUUGGCUCCUGAGGCGUUUGAGACCGUUGAUAUGGUGAAGGCAACGGUGGAGGGCAAGUGCCCUGGAGUGGUGUCUUGUGCCGAUAUCCUCGCCAUUGCUGCUCGAGAUUUCGUCCAUCUGGCAGGAGGUCCCUAUUAUCCAGUGAUGAAGGGUAGAAAAGACAGCAAAGUCUCACUAGCAUCGAAGGUCAGGCCCAACCUCCCCCGUGCCAACUCCACCAUAGACGAGCUCCUCCGGCUCUUCGCCUCCAAAGGGCUGACCCGAGAUGACCUCGUAGCCCUCUCCGGGGCCCACACCAUCGGCUACGCCCACUGCGACCAGUUCGUGAGCCGGCUCUACGAUUUCAAACGCACCAAACAACCCGACCCGGCAAUGGACCCACGCCUCCUCAAAGCCCUUAAGAUGUACUGCCCCCAGUUCGGGGGCAACACCGACGUGGUCGUACCCUUCGACGUCCAAACCCCCUUCACCUUCGACCACAUGUACUACGGGAAUUUGGAGGCCAAGAUGGGCUUGUUAGCCACGGACCAGGCUCUAUAUUUGGACCCAAGGACAAGGCCUUCGGUUCAGGAGUUCGGGAGAGACAAGGCCAAGUUUUUUAAAGCCUUCUCCAUGGGGAUGGAAAAGAUGGGGUCCAUAAGAGUGAAAAAGGGGAGGAAAGGGGAAAUUAGAAAGAAUUGUAGCAGGCAUCUUAGUUGAAUUGAUGGAGGUCUACAAGGGGUGUUGAGUGAUUCUGAAAGUGUUGUGAUUCAGUGUACAUGGUUUUGAGAUGAUCAAGUCUCGAUUUUUUUUGUUUUUUUUUU